AUGUUUGACGUCGGUUCUCACUCAACCGACGGCGUCCCGGGCUCUCCUUCACAUAAUUCUAAGAUUGACUUGCUCUAUCAGACAUGGCGGUAGAGUAUAAUAAUUACGUACACAGCUACGGGAUAUAUUAUCUGUGUCCAGGAUGACACCACAACAAUUACAGCAACACUUGAUCGUAAAAAUUUUAGUGGUGCUGAAAUGGAAUCCCUUAAUGAAGCAUUAAUAAUUAUAAAUGAAUGGAAGCCAGCAUCAGAUGUAUUUGCACUGAAGAAUUAUGUGUUUGGAUUAUCAGCUAUCAACAGUUGUACUGCUGCAUAUAUCAACGCUCACUACAGGAAAGCAGUCAAGCUGAGGAGUCAAGCCUUCAUUCCUACCCUUAUACCUGUGGUGUUCCUGCCUGCCAUAGCUGGUUCAGUAUUGCACCAUCAUUUUGUUCAGCGCCCAUUGCUUCUUCAAAAGUUUCAAUGCCCAGUGUGUUUAGAGCUGAGAGGAGGAGCAGUACAGCUGUUUGCUGGCAUUUUAUAUCCACUGGUGCUAGCACCACUUGCUUCAUUUCAGUUUGCCACAAGACUGUACACAUAUGCCCUACCGAGUGUCUUCGAACCAAAAGCACUGUUGAAGGAAGUAUUCAGAAUGACCCGGCCAUUACUUUCAAAGCUUUAUAUUCUUGCUGGAUUACAAGUUAUAGUUGGCACAGCGUGGACACAUUGGGAAGCUCACAACAUUUUCACUGUAAUGUCAAAACUGUCCAAGAUGGAAGAGGCUGUGGCAAGACAUCGAAAGGGGUAGACAAAUAUUUCAUAUUGAUUUUUAAAAUGGUCGUGAACUUUGAGAAAUGUGAAUGAUAAUUAACUUACGCUUUUAUAGUGUGGCUUUAUAUAUUGUGAUUUAGCAUUAAUUCCUGUACAGUGUAUGUAAAUAAAAUUUCUUUGUAUGAA